AACAGCUGUUCUGCCACGUGAUGUAAAUACUUGAAUUCAACUGGCUCUUUUACAUGUACGAGUCUACAGCUAUAGUCUACGGCAAAGCUGAGAUUAUUUUUAGCAGUUUUUCUUUGAACAUCGUUAACAUCGGAAAAUUGUAUUUUACCUUAACAUGGAAUAAUGUAGUUCAGACGUGACCUCUGCAUCAGGGCUAUCUCAAUACUGCGAGCUUCAGUGUUGGAAAUAAGAAAUAAUGUCGGCCUCUCAUAUUUCUGCGCUGAGCUGCCCUAAGCCUCUUUUUGUACUAGCAGAAAUUUACGGUCUUGUAAGAGAAGUGCAUAGCGCGUCAGUAUUUUUUAGAGAUUUUUCGCGCGCACUCCACACGAGUUCGUACGUUCUAUAUCAUACAUGAUGAUAUAAUAGUGAAGUUUGGUGUACCACAUGGCAGUACCGUACAUGUGGAAUUGUCUGUCCGCUACUUGUGACGGAAAAAAAGAAUGCCCUAUGACUAUGUGAGUAAAUUACAAGUUUAAUCGUGUCCAUUCUCCCUCCUUGAGAGUUCACUUAACCUUCCCGUCUGGACUGCACUCUUUAAUAACCCUAGAUUGACGGUACACUGAUCUGUUUGAUGUAAUCUACACUAAAACAUAGCACUGGCACGCCCCGUUGGUAGAUACAUGAUGGUCGUUCCUAUAACGGUCAUAAGUAGCCGCUAUCACUAUACAUGUGUGUAUCAGUCUAAAGAAAAGGUGGUGAAUGUGGACACAUACACGACACGUUGCCUAUACUAAACUGUUUUCUGAACAUCAGCCACACAUUAUUUUUUUUGUAUGGUGUGGUUCUCGUGUGCGAUCUACUUGAUGGCAGCAUCGUGUGAUGUAUAGCACACACGCUGUCGCUAUGACGACAUUUUUGAGUAACUACGCGGUGCUUGCACGUGCACAUUAUUUUACCCUUUUAAUUUUAUCUACAGGGUACCAACUCGCAAUUUCUCAACGCCUACAGGAGUGUAAUGUUGAAAAUUCUUCUGAUUGUAGCUUGCACUACGACCUUAGGCUUACACGGCACAGAUCCAGUGUACGAAAAAGAUGUAGAUUCGCUGUUAAAUGAAACUCAAAAUCCCAUACUCCGGAAAGAGUGGGAGAGUGAGAAGAGAAACGGCAAGUGGAUUAGGCUUCAAUCCUUCAAACUGAAUCCUCGUCGUGAACAAAUUCCAGUUGAAGACGAUGAGUCUUAUUAUGAUGGACACCAAUAUGAUGGAUACCAGCCUCGUAAUCGUAGAAAUAGCAUUACCAAGCAGGCUAACCAUGGUAUAGUAGAGAUCGUAGAUGAAGCAUUAUCAAUUGAAAAACAGAAUGCUAGGCAAAAAGGACAGGCUCAGAAAAUGGAUCCCAAGCAUUUGCAAGUAAAGAACUCUGGGGAAUGGACCGAAGAAGAUAAUCAUUGGGAAUUCGAUGAAACCGAUCCAAGCUAUAGGCAGAUGGAGGAAGAUAGUGAUAAUGAUAGCCAGGAAGCUGCAGACUCAGGUCUAGAGGAAAACUUUGAAGAGAUCGUAGAUAAAGAGGUAGAGGAAUACGAUACAGAGCAAGGAAGACAAGCAUUAUCAAUUGAAAAACAGAAUGCUAGGCAAAAAGGACAGGCUCAGAAAAUGGAUCCCAAGCAUUUGCAAGUAAAGAACCCUGGGGAAUGGACCGAAGAAGAUAGUCAUUGGGAAUUCGAUGAAACCAAUCCAAGCUAUAGGCAGAUGGAGGAAGAUAGUGAUAAUGAUAACCAGGAAACUGCAGACUCAGGCCUCGAGGAAAACUUUGAAGAGAUCGUAGAUAAAGAGGUAGAGGAUUACGAUACAGAGCAAAGAAGACAUGAUCAAGACCAGAAGAAGCAAGAUAAAAAACACGGCUCUACAUCCGAGGAUCAUUCAAACCGUCCCAAAACUAAAGUCGAAGAUAUUGAUCGAGGGAAUGGUGGAAACAUUAAAAGUGACAAAUCGGAAAAAAGGAAGACCGAAAAGCCGAGUGAUUCUCGUAGAAAGAAUGAUGAAAUAAAACGAAAGAGUAGUAAAAAUGAAAUAGAAAAGCCAAAAAGGGUCGAAUCUGGUCACAUGCCCGAACACUUGGUGAUCGAAGACGAAAGAGAAUGGACAAAGGAUGACAUUCACUGGGAAUAUGACAAUUACUUGCCUGAUGAUUAUGAGCCAAAUACGGAUAAUACAACAAGGUCCGAGUUGGAGAUUAAUGGUGAUUUGGACAUAGACACAUUUGAUAUAGAUGGUGCAAUCGAUCGAUAUAAUGAUAUUGAUCGCAUCGAUACCAAUCCAAAUAAUUCUGUAGUAAUCGAUGAGGAAGAUGAAAGUGCUGAUAGCGAAGACACUGAUGACAGUAGGGAUGGCAUAGAUGAUAGUGACAAUGCCGAUAGCAAAAAGGAUGAUGACAGCACGGAUACCAAAGAUGAUGAUGACGGUACCAAUAGCAAGCCUGAGAUUGAAAGGAAGAGCAUGAUAGAAGAUGACGACGGUGCGGAUAUUAAAAAGGAUGAUAGUACGGGUAGCAAGGAAGAUGACGAGAGCACGGAAAGCAAAGAUAGUGAUGACAACACGGAUACCAAAGAUGAUGAUGACGGUACCGAUAGCAAAGAGAAUGAUGAAAAUAAGGAUAGUGAUGAUGACGAUGGAACAGAUGAUAAAGAUGAUGACAAAAGCACGAAUAGUAAAGAGGAUGAUAACAACACGGAUGGCAGACAAGAUGAUGACAAUAAUACGGAUAUCAGGAAGGAUGAUGAGAGCACGGAAAGCAAAAAUGAUGUUGACAACAAUGAUAGCAAAGAUGAUGACGACAGUACAGAUAGCAAGGAGGAUGAUGACAGUGCAGAUAGUAAAGAGAAUGAUGACAAUACGGAAAACAAAGAUGAUGACGACAGGACAAAUAGUAAAGAAAAUGAUGAUAGUACAGAUAGCAAAGAGGAUGAUGACAGUAUGGAUGGCAAAGAUAAUGACAGCGGUACAGAUAGCAAGCCAGAGAUUGAAAGGAAGAGCAUGAGAGAAGAUGACGACGGUGCGGGUAAUAAAGAGGAUGAUAGUACGGAAAGCAAAGAUGGUGAUGACGACAACACAGAUAACAAAGAAGAUGGUGACCGUACAGAUAGCAAAGAGGGGGAUGACAAUAAGGAUAUCAACGAUGAUGGCGAUGGAACGGAUGAUAAACAAGAUUAUGAAAGCACGAAUAGUAAAGAGGAUGACAACAGUACGGAUGGAAACGAUGAUGACAAAAAGGAUAGAAAAGAAAAUAGUGACCGAGCGGAUAGCAAAGAGGAUGAUGAAAGUAUGAAUGAUGAUGAGGAUAAUGACCCCUAUUAUUAUGAGAGAACUGAAAUCCCAUAUCAUAACGGUGACAGCAAAGAAAAGAAGCAUAAGCCUGAGAUUGAAAGAAAAAACCAUGAAAAUGACAGCGAAGAAGAGAAGCCUGAGGAGUAUCAACCUGAGAUUGAAAGAAAGAACCAUAAAAAAGAACCUAAACCUCACGAAAAAAUAGUAGUGGAUGAAGGCGAUCAUACAGAAGUGGAUGGAGUUAUUACAAUCUAUGAAAAAGAGUUUGACAUAGUUUCUAAGGAGAUUCCGGCUGACAAGGAGAUAAUACUGAAACCCGCUUCAGGAGAGGAGAUCAGAGUGAAGAUUCCUCUGUUCACAUCAACAACCAUCUCCAGCGACACUAAGUCCUUCAAGUUCCACUUAUCUCAUGGAGGAUUCCACGGUAUACAGAAAUGGUUUCUUAACAUAGUGAAAUUGGAAAAGAACGAAUUCGGACGACCCACUUUCUUAAAUGAGCCUAAGGAGUAUGCUUUGGAUUUAAAAAGGCAUCAGGACAAACCCGAGUCUAACGAAGCAGUAACAAUCGCUGAAUUCGAGCCGGACAGAGUACCUUUCACUUUCACAGCGGGUUCCGGUGACAGAUACUACGAGUUUGCCAAUGAUAGGCUGGACAGUAACCAGUAUUACGGUGUAUUUAUUGUCGGGGUUGUCUAUCUUUCUCCAGGGAAAAAGGUGCAUCUGACUACGGGUUGGGUUGAAGACGCUCAUUCUCCAGGACGACCCACCUAUUUCUUGACGAAGAAGGGAGUAGGCCUUACUGUACACAUCUUUGUGCUCCUCAGUAUCGUUGUUACCUUCGGCGGUCUUCUUUUAGGGUGGUUAUGGAAGAGAAAUAAGCUGACAGUGCCUGACACUAGCUACAAAUUUAAGAAAAUUAAAGAGAAAGUCAAAAAGAAAAGCAACAAAGAAAAGAUCAAAAAGAUCACGAACAUCGUAAUGCCAAAGUUGUUUAAGAAAAAUACAUCUAAAGGGAAAUCGAAAAAGCUUGGACGCAGCAACGAACCAACAUCCUCAAACAAAGAACAGUAUGAUUUGGUCUCGUUUAAACCGAAGGGUCAUGGUCAACACGAAGCACAGAUAACUUUCAAUAAGAAAGAUAACAAUCAAUAUUACGAUGGGUCAUGGGACGAUGAAUCGUAUCCUCAGGAUGAUACAACAGCUGAUUAUGGAGCAGCUGAUUAUAACCACGAUGAAUACGAUGAAUACGGCCAGAUGGUUGUGCCGAAAGGUUUGACUCUCCAGCGACAUUUUGUCAACGAAACGGAACUUGACGAUACCAUUCUAAAUAUGGCUGAAGAGGAGUAUGAGUGGAACAGUUCAUAAGAUGAUAUUUAGAGACUUGACAUGUCUGACUAAAUCACAUGCUAUCAGUUUUGUAAUUAUCGGCUAUGCUAUGAUCGGUGAAAUGAAGAUGGUUGUUUCGCGUCCAUCUUAACUGGUCGCCCGGAGCGAUUAAAGUUGAUGUCACUGUCAGCAUUCAGUUUAUAUCAGUGUUACUGGUUUAUAUUCUUACUGUUUUAUACAACAGUUUCAUAUCACCUUUUUGUUUCA